AUGGACGAGGUCGAGAUCUUGGAGACGAGCUCCUUGAACCAGCCGAACCUCCUCACCACCAAGAUCACUAAUGCAAAAGGCAGCUGUGAGUUCAGGGUUUACCUUGGCAACCUGGUCGUGGUCACCAACACGGGGAAUAGCGAGCUGGUCCUCAGGGAGGGGCUCGUCAUCGCAGGGUUCGGGAAAGAGAUCCCGGUGGUCUUCGAUAGCUCUGAGAACGUGGUCAUCAUGGGAACUCAAAUGGUUACCAUCAAGGCGGCAGUGGAGGAACGCAGGACCCAGAACCCUUCGGUGUCUGUGUGCUACCACUCCAUCGAGCCUAAUGCGGGCCCUGCCAACCCUGGCAGCUUCAAGCUCGUUGUCAAGGACCGCGUCGUGUGCACGCUCUCCACGAGCACGGCUGUCGAGGAGCAGGAUGGCGCUGAGCCUACCGGGAGGGUCAGGGCCACCCAGAGCAAUGCGGCCAACACGCUGCCACUGGACAUCUGGAAGAGCACGGGGAUUGCCAAGAUGGUCUGGAAUAUGCGCUGG